AUGAACGAUGAGGUCUCGCAGCUCGCCCGCAGUUUCACUACGCAAUCCCUCCCUGCCCCCGACGCCUUGUUUCCAGUGGCUGCCGGAGGCCCAUUGGAUCCCAACAGCGAUGUAUUCGACGCCAGUGAGUGGGUGAGGGCUUUUUAUAACAUUCGUACCGAUACUUCCGAAGGCAACCCCCCCAGGACGACUGGCAUCGCAUUCAAGAACCUCAGCAUUUUCGGUUAUGGCUCAUCCACCGAUUACCAGAAAAGCGUGAGCAACGUCUUCUUUGGGCUCUCAACCGUGGUAAAGAAGCUUCUGGGAAGAAGAGACCAGCGGAUUGACAUCCUUCACGAUAUAGAGGGUGUCGUUCACAGCGGCGAGCUGCUGGCUGUGCUAGGUCCACCUGGCUCCGGAUGUUCGACAUUUCUAAAGACGGUGGCCGGCGACACGCAUGGCUUCUACAUCGACGACGACGCAACGAUCAAUUACCAGGGCAUUCACCCGAAGGCCAUGCGCACGGCGUUCAGGGGCGAGGCGAUCUACACGGCUGAAGUUGAUGACCACUUCCCGCAAUUGAGCGUGGGGGACACCUUGUAUUUUGCCGCGCGCGCCCGGUGCCCCAAGAACAUCCCAGAGGGCUUGUCGAAACGAGAGUACGCCGAGCAUAUCCGAGAUGUGAUCAUGGCCAUAUUCGGCAUAUCUCACACAAAAAACACGCGUGUUGGCGAUGACUUUGUCCGCGGUGUGAGCGGUGGCGAGAGAAAGAGAGUCACUAUCGCGGAGGCCGCGUUGAGUAACUCGCCGUUGCAGUGUUGGGACAACAGCACGAGGGGCCUCGACAGCGCCAACGCCCUCGAGUUCUGCCGAACAUUACGGACGCAGGCCGACAUCAUGGGCUCGACCUCAUGCGUCGCUAUCUACCAAGCUUCCCAGGGCGCAUACGAUAUCUUUGACAAAGUUCUGGUCCUGUACAAAGGCAGGCAGAUUUUCUUCGGCAAAACCAGUGAUGCAAAGGCGUACUUUGAAGAGCUAGGAUUCGUCUGCCCUGAGCAGCAGACAACAGCCGACUUUCUGACCUCGAUGACCAGCCAUAAAGAGCGCGUCAUCCGACCCGGAUGGGAGGGCAGGACGCCGAGAAGUCCGGAAGAAUUUGCUCAGGCGUGGAAGGCGAGCGAAUACCGCGCGCGUCUUAUGGAAGACGUCGACGAUUAUCUCCAUCGCCAUCCGUUCCACGGAGAGCACCACGAGAAGUUUCUCGAAUCCCGGAGGAUUGACCAGUCCAAGUUCCAGCGCGCGAGGUCUCCCUUUACGCUCUCAUACAUGGAACAGAUGCGUCUAACCCUGUGGCGUAACUGGGUGAUGCUUAAAGGCGACCCUAGUAUCCCAGUGUCCAUGAUCAUGACGAACGUCUCUCAGGCCUUAAUCACCAGCAGUAUCUUCUACAAUCUGCCUCCAGGCACGUCAAGCAUGAAUCGCCGUGCUAUCCUGCUCUUCUUUAUCAUCCUCACCAACGCCUUUGGGAGUAUUCUGGAGAUCAUGCUAUUAUAUUCCAAGCGUAAAAUAGUCGAGAAGCACUCCCGGUACGCCUUGUACCAUCCUAGCGCCGAGGCCCUCUCUUCCAUGAUAGUGGAUAUGCCCUACAAGAUCGUCAACGCCAUAUUUAUCAAUACGAUCUAUUACUUUAUGGGCAAUCUUCGGCGAGAACCCGGACCGUUCUUUUUCUUUCUGCUCAUCUCGUUCACAAUGGUAUUGGUCAUGUCAAUGAUGUUCCGGCUGAUUGGAUCAGCUGCAAGGUCUAUCACUCAGGCACUGGCCCCAGGCUCGCUCAUCCUCUUCAUGAUAUCACUCUACGCGGGCUUUGCACUCCCACCGCAGUACAUGCAGGUUUGGCUUGCUUGGAUCAGGUGGAUAAACCCGGCCUAUUAUGGGCUUGAGAGUGUUCUGGUGAACGAGUUUGUUGGGCGAGACUUCCCGUGCUCGACUUUUAUCCCCCAGGGUCCGAACUAUAACUCGGUGGCCUCGAAUGAGCGAGCCUGCUCCUCACCCGCAUCUGUCCUUGGUCAAGACUUCGUUCGGGGUACAGAUUAUCUUCUUACAUUAUACAGCUUUGAGAAUUCGCACCGAUGGAGAAACUUCGGUAUCCUGAUCGCUUGGAUGAUGUUCUUCAUGGUACUGCAUUUAUGUGCUACAGAGUAUAUCUCAUCCGAGCGAUCGAAGGGCGAGGUCUUGGUCUUCAGCCGCAAAGCUAUGAGACGAUUUCGCAAGCAAUGGACUGGCGAUGUCGAGAGUGAUUCUGCCAGCAAUCCUCAGCAGACAAGUAGCGACAACAAUGGGAAUAGUAGCGGUAUAGAGGAGCAGGCGUCCGUCUUUCACUGGAAAGAUGUCUGUUAUGACAUCAAGAUCAAGGGCGAGCCUCGGCGUAUCUUGGAUGAGGUGAGUGGCUGGGUCAAGCCUGGCACUCUCACUGCACUUAUGGGUGUUUCCGGAGCGGGCAAGACAACCUUGUUGGAUGUUCUCGCCACACGUGUGACAAUGGGAGUCAUAUCCGGCGAGAUGCUUGUGAAUGGACAGCCCCGCGACGAGUCCUUCCAGCGCAAAACGGGGUAUGCCCAGCAACAAGAUCUCCACCUUCACACCUCGACCGUUCGUGAGGCGCUCAACUUCAGCGCUAUGCUUCGGCAGCCGGCGCAUUAUACUAGAAAGGAAAAGCUCGAGUAUGUGGAUACUGUGAUCCACCUCUUAGAGAUGGGGGAAUAUUCAGAUGCCGUUAUUGGCGUCCCGGGCGAAGGUUUGAAUGUUGAGCAAAGGAAGAGACUUACCAUUGGUGUAGAGCUCGCGGCUCGUCCUCAGCUCUUGCUGUUUCUCGACGAGCCUACUUCUGGCCUCGACAGCCAGACGUCAUGGUCCAUCUGCGACCUUAUGGAAAAGCUGACCAAGAGCGGCCAGGCCAUCUUGUGCACCAUCCAUCAGCCCUCGGCAAUGUUAUUUCAGCGGUUCGACCGACUCCUUCUUCUCGCCCGUGGAGGUCGCACGGUGUAUUUUGGCGAAAUCGGUAGGAAUUCACAAACCUUGGUUGACUAUUUCGUCCGCAAUGGAGGUCCUGAUUGUCCGCCUGGGGCCAACCCUGCGGAGUAUAUGCUGGAGGUCAUUGGUGCGGCUCCCGGAGCCCAUACGGACAUCGACUGGCCCGCCGUUUGGCGUCAGACGCCCGAGUAUCAGUCGGUCCAGGAUGAGUUGGCCAGACUGAUCGCAGGCACCUCGGCUGAGUCUGCACCGGCCAUCAAACCAGAUCCAUCCAGUUACAAGGAGUUCGCUGCCGAUUAUAUAACUCAGUUUGAAGAGGUAACGACACGCGUGUUUCAACAAUACUGGCGCAGCCCUUCAUACAUCUACUCCAAGGCGACCCUGUCUGUUGGCGUGGCAUUGUUUAUUGGUUUCUCCUUUUUGAAUGCCAAGAACACCCAACGUGGCCUGCAGAACCAGGCUUUUGGUGUUUUUAUCUUUAUAACCAUGUUCGGCCAGAUUGGGCAACAGUUGAUGCCCGUUUUCGUGUCUCAACGCACCAUGUACGAGGCCCGCGAGAGACCUUCGAAGGCAUAUUCGUGGACGGCGUUCCUGUUCGCCAACAUCAUCGUGGAGAUGGCCUGGAACUCGGUCAUCGCAGUUUUCAGCUUCAUCUGCUGGUACUACCCGAUUGGGUUGUACCGGAACGCGUAUCCCAUGAAUGAUGUCGGUUCCCGUGGCAUUGCCAUGGUCCUCCAUGUUUGGAUGUUCUUCAUCUUCGCCGGUACUUUCGCCCAAAUGCUAAUCGCCGGUCUGCCGAGCGUUGAAAUUGCUGGCGGCCUUGUCAAUCUCUUCGCAAUCAUGAUGUUCUUGUUCUGCGGUAUCAUUGCUGGUCCAAGGGAUCUCCCGAGAUUCUGGACCUUCAUGUACCGGGUAAACCCACUCACAUAUGUUGUGGAAGGCUUCCUGGGCACAUCCUUAGCCAACGCUGCAGUACAUUGUGCUGCAAACGAAUACGUCGUCCUCACCGCUCCAAGUAACCAGACUUGCGGGCAAUACUUGUCUGAUUACAUCUCCGUCGCUGGAGGCUAUCUAUCAGACCCAAACGCAGGCAAUGGUGCCAACUGUCAGUACUGCGCCCUGGCCACUACCAAUGCCUUCCUGAGCGGUAUCGGAGUCAAAUUCGGUAAUCGUUGGAGGGACUUUGGCUUCCUGUGGGUGUACACAAUCUUUAAUAUAUGCAUGAUAGUCCUGAUAUACUGGCUGGCGCGUAUGCCAAAGAAGAGCAAGGUAAAGAAGGCAUGA